GCUUACGUUUACGCCUCACUCCAACACGGAAGUAGAAUUCCAAGGUCCAACCAUGUCGAUGUCAGGCAUCGUCUACAAACCUGUGAGCCAUGUCAUAUUCGACAUGGAUGGAUUGUUAUUAGACACCGAGCGACUGUACUCGGUGUCCUUCCAGGAAGUGUGUGACCGCUUUGGAAAGAAAUACACAUGGGAAGUGAAGGCCAAAGUGAUGGGUGCAAAGGCUUUGGAUGCAGCUAAAACAAUCCGAGACACUCUGGAUCUUCCUAUUACGGCAGAAGAACUCCUUACCGAAACCAGAGAAAUACAGGAGAGGAUAUUUCCUUCGGCCAAACUCAUGCCAGGUGUGGAGAGGCUGGUGAACCAUUUGAAGAACCAUGGUAUCCCUAUCGCCGUAGCGACCAGCUCAGCAGGCGUCACGUUCAACUUGAAGACGAGCCAGCACAAAGAUUUCUUCGCCUUGUUCGACCACAUUGUCCUGGGAGACGACCCCGAGGUGAAGAAUUCCAAACCCCGACCUGACUCCUUUCUGGUCUGUGCGAGCAGAUUCAAUCCUGCGGCUUCUCCAGAUACUUGCUUGGUAUUCGAGGACGCUCCCAAUGGUGUGAGGGCGGCCUUGGCUGCGGGCAUGCAGGUGGUGAUGAUUCCGGAUGAGAACUUGGACUCCGCCCUGACACGGGAGGCCACGCUGAAGCUGAGGAGCAUGGAGGAAUUCGAACCACAGCUCUUUGGCCUACCAGCAUUUAGCUGAAUCUCAGACCCCCCCCCCC